AUGGAAUCUGUCGAUAUUCAUUGUCCCGCCUUAUGCACAGCUAAAAAUCGGCACCUGUCACUUCCUACGUCUACAGAUGUCUCAACUCCAUUUCGUUUUGUAAUUAUUGCUGACCCACAGCUUGGUUUACUUGAACAGUAUGUGGAGAAACGUCCUCGACCCCACCACUGGGAUAGGGAAGUGAAGCUUGUAAGUAGGGCAGUAAGUAUCAUAAAUCGUCUUUGUCCGAAGCCAGCUUUUGUUAUCAUUUGUGGUGAUCUUGUUAACGAUCAUCCAGGUGGUUCUGAUAGAUGUAAACAGACAUCUGAUUUGCUGGAAAUACUGUCUCAUCUCAACAGUGAUAUCCCUCUUAUUGUGCUUCCAGGAAAUCAUGAUGUUGGGAACCGCCCUGAUGUAAAUGACGUGCAGGACUAUAUAAGCAUGUGGGGAGAUGAUUACUUUACUUUCAUAUUUAACCGAACAAGGUUUAUUGUACUUAAUACUCAAUACCUAGUGAAUGACUCGAAGUGCCAAUCUUCGUCCAGUGAAUUUCGUCAGUGGUUCAAUGAACAACUCUCUAUAAAAAAUGAAAAUUUUGAUAUGUCGGUUGUAUUCCAGCAUAUUCCAUUUUUCUUAGAAGAUAUAAAUGAACCAGAUAAUUAUUUCAAUAUACCAAUAAAUUAUCGUAAAGAAUUUGUCAAUAAACUUUAUCAACAUAAAAUUUAUUAUGCAUUCGCUGGUCAUUUACAUAAAAACAUUAUAGCAAAUUAUACCCCAUUAAUAAUUAAUGAAAAUAAUGAUCACACCAAUAACAACAAUACUGAUAAAUCAUUUUCAAUGAUCAGUUCAUCAUCUGUUUGUGUCCAAUUAGGUAAUGAUCAACCAGGAAUUCGUCUUGUGCAAAUCGAUACUACUACUACUAAUAAUAAUAAUAAUGAAAAUGAUGACUUUCUAAAGCAUGUCUAUUGGACGUUGGAUGAAUUAG